AGCGUGAAGGAGGGGCCUCUCCCGGCCGCCGCCGUCACAGCCGCCGGCCGUCCGGGCGGAGGGAGGGGCGGUCGCGGGGAGGGGAGUGGGCGGCGCCGGGAGCGUGGGUCCGCGCGGGCGCGCCCCUUCAGAGAGCGCGAUCCCGGGGGCGGAAGGAGCGCGCGGAGCGGGCGGCCGCGUCCGGACUGGGGAGCGACCCCUCCUGUGCCACCCCCCUCCCGAGCCACAGCUCCCGGAAAGCUGCGGCCAAGUUUCCGCGCCGUCUCCCCCGCCCCUACCGACAGCAAGGAAAUACGACCUAAGACCAAAGAAAAAGGGACAAAAGCUGGGACACAGAAGAAGAAAAGGAAUGCAGCUGUUGAUGUGGAGACUGAAUCCAUGCACAGGCUGGCACUGCUGGAAAAGGAGCUGCUCCAAGACCACUUGGCUCUGUGGAGGGAUGAGGCCCGCUGAGCCAAGGCUUCUGAAGACCAGCUGAAGCAGAGGAUACAAGAACUGGAGGCUGAACUGGAGGGGGCCCGGAGUGAAGGGAAGGCCAUAUAUGCAGAGAUGAGUCUUCAGUGCUGCACCCUGCAGGAGGCGAUGGAGACCCACAGCAGGCAGCUGGCGGAGGAAGUGAGGGGCCUUCGGGAGCAGUUAGAGAUGUGCCACAGGGAGGCUGCGGCUACACAGAGAGAGGCCGUGCAGGCCCUUGGAGAGUGGGACUGAACUCUGGCUCAGCUUCGGGCCCAUGUGGCAGACAUGGAGGCCAAAUAUGAGGAAAUCUUACAUGACAGCCUGGACUGGCUCUCGGCCAAACUGAGACGUCAAGCCUCAGUGGGAUGGGGCUGUGCUGAGACUCCACGCCCGGCACAAGGAGCAGCUCCGCCAGUUUGGACUCAACCCCCUGGAUCUUUGACUGUGAGCCUCUAG